AUAAGCAGGUACUUCUCAAUUGGUUUGAGCGCACUUGUUAGCAUGUCCUAUCAUGUCAUUAGACCCAUAGAUUAUAAGUUCGAGCAAACACCUGCUGAGAUAUCGAAGGAUGCGCGAUAUAUGCCCUUCUUCAAGGACUGCAUCGGCGCGAUUGAUGGAACACAUGUUGACGCACGUAUCCCAAAUAAUGAUAAGGUUGCAUUUAUCGGUCGUUGUGGUAGCCCCACCCAAAAUGUCAUGGUCGUUUGUGACUUCAAUCUGUGUUUCACUUUUGCUAAGGCUGGUUGGGAGGGCAGUGCACAUGACAGUCGAGUUUUUAAAUCUGCGACGCGAAAUCCAAAUACCAAAUUUUCACAUCCACCUACAGGUAUGCUCGGGAUUGAGAUCAUUGAAUUACCAACUUGAAUCUUAAUAUUAAUUAUUUGAU